GCCGUUAGCUUGCUUUCUGUUACGGAGUGGUAGUUAUUGGUUAACGAAUAACGGUUAGUUUCCCAUUCCCAAGACCAAGAUCCAAAGGAAAGAGAAUGAAGAUCACAGCUCUGUUCGUUUUGAAAUGCAACGCCACUACCACCACUGAUGGAUCGGAUCCACUCAUUCUGGCUAACGCCACCGACGUAAGCCAGUUCGGUUAUUUUCAGCGUUCCUCCGUCCGAGAAUUCAUCGUCUUCAUCGCUCGCACCGUCGCCAAACGCACUCCUCAAGGCCAACGCCAAUCCGUCCAACACGAAGAGUAUAAGGUUCAUGCUUACAACCGUAAUGGCCUCUGUGCUUUGGGGGUUAUGGAUGAUCACUAUCCAGUUCGAAGUGCAUUCUCUCUUCUCAACAAGGUGAUGGAUGAGUAUCAAAAAAGUUUUGGCGAGUCAUGGAGAACUGUUGACAAAGAUAGCACUCAAUCAUGGCCCUUUCUGGAUGAAGCUUUGAUCAAAUUCCAGGACCCUCAUGAAGCUGACAAGUUAUUGAAAAUUCAGAAGGAUUUAGAUGAAACAAAAAUCAUUCUUCACCAGACUAUUGAGAGUGUUCUUGCAAGAGGGGAGAAGCUAGAUAGCUUAGUUGAGAAGAGUUCUGAUCUAAGUGCAGCAUCACAGAUGUUCUACAAGCAGGCAAAACAAACCAACCAGUGUUGUACGGUUUUGUAGACUCUAAUAUCAUGAUCCACUCAUUCCACCUGAUCUUGACAACGAGGUGGUUAAUUGUUUAGGACAAAAGAGCUGCUUCUUUUUCUUUAUCAUUCUCAAGUGUUUGGUUUGCUUGGUCAAAUUCUGGAUUUCAGACACGGAACUGAAUAUUGAAAGAACUUGCAAUAUAUUUUUAGUAUGA